AUGGAUUUGGUGAGCGGGCGUCGCAGUCGCAUUGCCGAGUGCACUGCAGCGGACGUCCUGCUCGCCCAAUCACUAGUAUCAUCAUCAUCAUCAUCGUCAUCAUCAUCACUAGUAUCAUCAUCAUCAUCAUCAUCAUCAUCACCAUCGGUAACACUGGGGUCGACAGGCGCACUGAGAUUGUCGUCGUCGUCGUCGUGCCCGCUCGCUGCUCGCCAUGCUGCAACAAGGCCGUCGCUCGACUACUUCCAAGGGUGCAAGUGGGCGCCAGAUGGAUCGUGCCUGCUCGUUGGCGCAAGUGAUCAUACAUUGCGAUUGUUCGCAUUGCCGUAUUAUGCAAUAGCCGAUCAGCAAGCUCCGGAACCAGACACAGAUCAACCCAAAUCAGAGCACGCUCAGACACUGAGCAAUUCUACCGCAAGUAACAAUCAUAACGCGUCAUCGUCCAACCACGAGCAGCUGGGCAUGACGUCAAAAGACAGUCUUGAGGAACUCGUGCCCACGGCUGGCGAAUGGCUGCCGUUUCUCCAGACGACCCGCGGCGAAUCCAUCUACGACUUUGCAUGGUAUCCGCAGAUGAACAGUUCCGUCGAUCCUGCGACGGCGUGCUUUGCCACGACAGCUCGCGCACACCCGGUGCAUCUAGUUGACGCGUAUACCGGAGAAACACGCUGUAGCUACCGGUCGUACGACGACAAGGACGAAAUUGCCAGUCCGUUCUCGCUUGGAUUUUCGCAAGACGGGACGCGGCUGAUGUGUGGGCAUCAAGACCUCAUCGACAUUUUCGAUACACUGCGUCCCGGUCGAGAGUGCACUUCAUUACGACUGCGCGCACGAGGGAAACGAUUACGCCGUGCGUUGCGACAGGAGCGCAACAACGCAGACCAAACAGCGACGCCUGUUCGACGACCCGCAGCCAACAACAAUGCCCAUCAUCCUGUCGAACAAGGUGGCAUUAUUUCUUGUUUCGCAACUCCAAGCGACAACGCUCCGUACUUUGCUGCAGGCUCGUACGACGGCACCGUCGGGCUGUACAGCUCGGCGUCGGAUAAUCCUGUUAUUGACCUCCUCGCGGGCCCUUCUGGCGGUAUAACGCAGCUAGCAAUUACGCCAGAUAAUCGCUAUCUCAUCGCUGGUGGUCGCAAGUCGCCUGACAUGGUUGCGUGGGAUUUGCGCAACAUGGCUUUCCCACUGUGUCGGUUUGCGCGCAGCUGUUCGAGCUACCAACGGCUCGCUUUUGACUUGGAGGGUGCAGUCUCGGGCAGCACUGGCUGGAUGGUGGCCGGGAGCGAUCGUGGCAUUGCCAGCGCUUACUGGCUGCCGUCGUUCCUCUCGAUCGCGUCUAUGGUGUCUUCCGAUUGGCUGAAUCCGACCGCAGAUACCCCUUCUGUCUCGCCCGACAAACCACCAUCCACUAUGCUGUUCAAGGCGGAUGAAAAGGCUUCCUUCCAGGCGCACUCGCAGUCGCCAAUCAAUGGUAUCAGCAUCCAUCCAUAUUUCCCAAUCAUUGCUACCUGCAGCGGAGAGAGGCCCCAGCUGCUCACUUCGGAGGCCGAGCCUGCGCCACCAGUCGAUUCACCAUCAGUCACGCUUUGGCAAGUCCCUGCUCGCGCUGUAACAUAAAGUUUCUGCGGAUCG